UAUGAGUUGUCUACUUUUGCAUCCAUUAUCUUCAAAGAAAACUGCAGUUAAGAGCAUAUCGCUCUUGUAACUUGUUGAUAAGGGGCUUUUUUGGGUCUAGCUCUCGCAACAAGAAGAAGAGGAAGAGGAAGAGGAAGAGGAAGAGGAAGAGGAAGAGACAUGUCCGAGAUCCCUCUAGAUCUCUUGGUCGAAAUUCUUAUCAGACUGCCAGGAAAGUACUUGGCGAGGUUCAAGUGCGUCUCAAAGCAGUGGUCAUCACUCAUCUCUUCUCCAUAUUUUUGCGAAAGUGUAUAUACGAUCACACAACGAAAACAACAACCACGUCUAUACAUGUGUUUGGUGGGUGAACGCGGGCAAAGUGCACUGCUGUCCAUGUCAUCAACAUCUCCAGACAACACUUGUUUUGUGGUCGACCAAGAUUUGAGCAUCCCAGGGAUGGGAUGCUACUACUUGAAUGAUCUCCACGGCUUGAUGUGUUUCACAGUGGGGAAAAAGGCUUGUCUAUACAACCCCAGCACCGGACAGCGUUUGACCUUACCCAAGAUAAAAGCUGACAUCAUAGCCGAUAAAGGUCAAACGAGGUAUAUUAGCCGGUACUCUUUCGGAUAUGAUUCAGUUAAUGAUCAACAUAAACUAUUAUGCACAAGUGUUAUAUAUUCGGGCAAAUUGUUUAAUCUGAAAUCAGAGCACUGGGUGUUCGUGCUAGAAGCUGGAGGUUCCUGGAAAAAGGUUGUUUCGCAUAAGAAUUAUCGUCCUCAUGCCCCUUUCUCACGAGGACAGUCUAUCAGUGGAUCAGUAGUACAUUAUCUGGCGUGGCAUGAUAUGUACACUUGCGCGAUUGUGAGUUUCGACGUUAGGUCUGAAGAGUUAACUACCAUCAUAGCACCUGAGGAUGUCAUGGCUAAUAUGUCCGUUCCUGCAAUUGAGAUGAAGGCAGAACUUAUAGAUUAUGGUGGCAAAAUAGCUAUUUUCGAAUGUAGCUACUUAAAAACUGAGGGUAUGGCGGUAUUAUUGGUAUUGGAAGAUGCUGAGAAAAAGGAAUGGUCCAAGAGGAGUCUGGUUUUGCAGCCUUGUCAGAGGCAUUUAGUCCAGGACACUGAGUUUAUUGUAAAAGGCACAACUCAAGACGGAAAAGUUAUCUUGGCACCGUUGGAGAUGCAUUCUGGAUUCUACAUUUUGUGUUAUGAUUUGCAAAGCAAUGGCUUAAGUAAGGUUGAAAUCCAAGGAGUACCACACCGUUGGUUUGACGAAGAAUGCUACUAUGACUUGAGGUUGAUGAGUGAGAGUGAGAGGGUCAUCUACUUGGAAACUUGAGCACUAGUUUUUUUACCGUUUUUUUACAAUUCAAACAUUGCUGUUAGAAUAAAUGUAACU